GUGACGCUUGUUUCCUAUCAUCCAAUGGUAGCCCUUGUCCCAGAAGGCAUUGUAUCACAAACUGCACGCGCGAACUAUGUACAUGUUUGUUAAGUUUAGUUUUAAACUGCGCGAUAAAAAUACCACUGCCGCAUAAAGGGAAUCUAAAGAGACCAGUAAUGACCACAAGCAAUGACUCUUCAGUUCUUAAAGAUGUUGUUGCCUAUGUUGAUGUUUGGUCCUCAGACAAAACAGCAAACUAUUCGAAACCAUUCGUUCAGCAGCUGCAGGAAAUGGGAGCUGAGGUACCAAAAACAUUCAAUAAACAAGUCACACAUGUAGUCUUCAACAACGGUCACCCUGCUACAUGGAGAAAAGCAAAGAAAAGUGAUGUGUGGCUCGUCUCUGUUCUCUGGGUCGGCAGAUGUUACGAUGACGGUGUGCGUGUGGAUGAGAAGUUGUAUCCAGCCUUUAAUGAUGAAAGCAAUCCCGUGUUGAAGAAGAAGAGACAUCGUUGCAUGCAGCCGAAAGAUUCUCCAGAGAGGACACCAGAGAACAACAGACGCAUGAAGAAAAAAUUAGACAAGAUGAUGAAAGACAUUGCUCCAAGACAACCUCUGGUAACAGAUGAUUCGCCCAUAAUUAUUGAUCAAGUGAAUGGAAUAGUCUAUAGCCCUGCAUUGAAAAGAUCGGAUUAUAUGGCUCAGCGUUUGAAAGACAUGAAAGAGAAGCGUGAAAACCUCUCACCCACAGCUUCACAAAUGGUUGAACCUUGCUCACCAUCUGGGCUGAAGCCGUCGCUGGGAAGCACACCAACCAUCUUCAAAUUCAUGUUAGGUGACCUGUCUGAUGAGGAUUCCAGUGCGUCUGUUGCUGAGCCUGCUUACUCACCUGAUAAGGAAGAAGGGAGAACUCACAUUGAUGUUACUGACCAUGACCAUCUUGGAAAAUGCCGUAUUGUGCCGAAGCGGAUUUUAAGUGUUGUGAAAUUUGCUGACUUCGAGGACAAAGAUUGUGAGGAAGGGACUAGCCAAAUAAAGACCAGAAGGACUUCAGUCAGAAAAAAGCCAGCAGAGAAAUACAAAUCUGUAGAAUUAGUAGAAAAUCCAUUCCAGGAAAAGAGAUCUGCUGACAGCAAGAUCUCUCAUAGAGAAACAAGUCCAUCACAGAUAAAACCACCGAGUCCGUCACCUCACAAAUCUGAAAAGGGAAAGCGAAGAUUCAAAUCAUCCAAAUCUUGUACGGAGACUAAAACGCAUUUUUGUUCUGAUGCUGCAAUCUCUUCUAGUUCCCUCUCUACACCGACUAAAUCAGAUAAUGCUACACUCAAACUGUCAAAAGAAACUCCUCCUUCCUCGUUGAAGAAAACACCCAAACCAACCAGACUUUCACUUCCUGCCUCGGUACGGUCUUUCACCCCAUUCAUUGAGUCUAAACAUGUUGCCUCAGCUUCCACUGACGGAGAUGAGGAUGUGUUUGAGGACUAUUUCUGCCCAGCUAACCACCAUCAGAGUUUAAAAAGCCGUCCUUUGCCUAAUCUACCUGUAGAGAGAGACAUUCAGCUUCCCUUUGAAUUGGACACUGUCCCAAAUAAGAGAAAACAGAGACGUAGUGUAGGCUUUGGAUCUGAAAGUAACAGUAAAAUAAUGAAACUGGAAAAAAGUCUGCCGUCUGUUGCUAGCAGUGAGCCUCAAGGUCUCCCUCAGCAGGAUGAUAAAGAGUCUCUGAGUGGUGAUGUAAAACUUGUGGCUAAAAGACGAAGACAAAGCACCCUGCCUUUUACAAGCACCAUCACACCAACAAGGGAUGCAGGGAAACGGAGAAGAGCAUCUUUAUUAGUGCAACCAACAACCUCAAAAGAUGCACACAGAAUACCGGAGCUGCAGAAAGACUCUGACGUCAAUCCCCUUCCUCAUACCUUGGGAAACGUAGAUAGAGGAAAUGUUCGUGCAGCUGUCUUAACACAGAACCCCCCCGAAGACAAAGAAGAGAGUGACAAUGAGCCAGUCAGCUUAAGCACAAAGGCUAUGAGAACUUUAGUUAUGACAAGCAUGCCCACUGAGAAGCAGCAGACAUUGGAUCAGGUGGUGAGGACACUGGGUGGUUUUUUAAUCGUAGACCGAGUUUGUGAGAGCACAACUCAUGUGGUGUCUGGGAGUCACCGGCGGACCCUCAAUAUCCUGUUGGGCAUAGCUCGAGGCUGCUGGAUCCUGUCUUUCGAAUGGAUCCUCUGGUGUUUGGAGCAAAGGCAGUGGAUCCCAGAGGAACCGUAUGAACUUUCAGAACAAUUUCCUGCAGCACAGAUCUGUCGUCUCCAGAGGCACCUGUCGGCGGGGGAGCACCAGCAGGAUCUGUUCCAGGGCCAGCCCGCCAUGUUUGUGUCCCAACACUCCCAGCCACCCACCGAGAGUCUGGUGGAGCUGAUCGAGCUCUGUGGAGGGACGGUCUGCAAAACUGUGCGGCAGGCGGGCAUCUGCAUCGGGAAGUACAGCGGCAGGAAACCAGAGGGAAGCAGGAUCCUGUCGGAGCAGUGGGUGCUAGAUAGUAUCAUGCAUUUGAAGCGGCUGUCAUACGAUAACUACGACUUGGAGUGAAAGCUGUGCAGUUUAUUUAUAGUAUUUUGAAUGUUAAACAGUGCCUGGUACCCUCAGUUUCUACCUUACAGUGUUCUUGCUUGCUUAUGUUAAGGGCUUUGUAUAAGUCCUCUCAAUAUUCAACUUUUAUACCAUGUCUUUCCCUGGUUACCAUGGAAACCUAAUACUUCUGAGGACUAUCAACCCGUCAAGAUAUUGUGAAGCAUUGGAAACUGCACCGACAUCCAUCCUUCAUUAUUUUCCUUUUUUCAUAAAGUAGUCACCACUACUGAGAUUGUUUUUCAUUCAUAACAAUGUGAUUCUUAAAUACUUGCUGAGCCAGUUAAACAGUCUGAGGAAAUACUGUAACCUCAUAAAAAUAUGUUGUGAUGCCAUUCUUAAUAAAUACUUUUAUCAAAAAA